ACCCUGCACUGGGUGAUGGACCUCCUAGUGCCCCGGGCUGGGGACGGCUGGGCUCUGUCUCGAGUUCCGGGACGGAGCCUUGGGAAGUCAUUAGGGCAGGCCGGGAAGUGGGUGGGGGAGAAGCUCAGAACAGCAGGAGUGGGGCUGACGGCUGUCCCGGGCCAAGCCUCAAACUGGAGGGUCUGGGCCCCAUGCAUAGGGCAAGAGACAGCUGGCAGAGAGAGAAGCUGGCUACCAUGGAAUCACCAGAGGAGCCCGGAGCGUCCAUGGAUGAGAACUACUUUGUGAACUACACUUUCAAAGACCGGUCACACUCGGGUCGUGUGGCUCAGGGCAUCAUGAAACUGUGUCUGGAGGAGGAGCUCUUUGCUGAUGUCACCAUUUCCGUGGAAGGCCGGGAGUUUCAGCUCCACCGGCUGGUCCUUUCAGCUCAGAGCUGCUUCUUCCGGUCUAUGUUUACUUCCAACCUGAAGGAGGCCCACAACCGGGUGAUCGUGCUGCAGGAUGUCAGCGAGUCUGUGUUCCAGCUCCUGGUUGAUUAUAUCUACCACGGGACUGUGAAACUUCGAGCUGAUGAGCUGCAGGAAAUCUAUGAGGUGUCAGACAUGUAUCAGCUGACGUCUCUCUUUGAGGAAUGUUCUCGGUUCUUGGCCCGCACGGUACAAGUGGGAAACUGCCUUCAGGUGAUGUGGCUGGCCGACCGGCACAGCGAUCCCGAGCUCUACACUGCAGCCAAGCACUGUGCCAAGACCCACCUGGCCCAGCUGCAGAGCACAGACGAAUUUCUCCACUUGCCUCACCAUCUGCUCACUGAUAUUAUCUCUGAUGGAGUUCCAUGUUCCCAGAACCCAACAGAGGCAAUAGAGGCCUGGAUCAAUUUUAAUAAAGAGGAAAGAGAGGCUUUGGCAGAGUCACUGAGGACCAGCUUGAAGGAAAUUGGGGAGAAUGUGCACAUUUACCUGAUUGGAAAAGAGUCAUCUCGUACCCACUCCCUGGCUGUGUCCUUGCACUGUGCCGAAGAUGACUCCAUCAGUGUAAGUGGCCAAAACAGCUUGUGCCACCAGAUCACUGCAGCCUGCAAGCAUGGUGGAGACCUGUACGUGGUGGGAGGGUCCAUCCCGCGCCGCAUGUGGAAGUGCAACAAUGCCACCGUCGACUGGGAGUGGUGUGCACCUUUGCCCCGGGACCGGCUGCAGCACACGCUGGUGUCUGUGCCUGGGAAGGAUGCCAUAUACUCCUUGGGUGGCAAGACACUGCAGGACACGCUCUCCAACGCAGUCAUCUAUUACCGGGUGGGUGACAAUGUGUGGACAGAGACAACCCAGCUAGAGGUGGCUGUGUCCGGGGCUGCUGGUGCCAACCUCAACGGGAUCAUCUACUUACUAGGUGGGGAGGAGAACGACCUGGACUUCUUCACCAAACCUUCCCGUCUCAUCCAGUGCUUUGACACAGAGACAGACAAAUGCCACGUGAAGCCCUAUGUGCUUCCCUUUGCAGGCCGCAUGCACGCAGCUGUGCAUAAGGAUCUGGUGUUCAUUGUGGCUGAAGGGGACUCCCUGGUAUGCUACAACCCCCUGCUAGACAGCUUCACCCGGCUCUGCCUCCCCGAGGCCUGGAGCUCUGUCCCAUCCCUCUGGAAGAUUGCCAGCUGCAACGGGAGCAUCUAUGUCUUCCGGGACCGGUAUAAAAAGGGGGAUGCCAACACCUACAAGCUUGACCCUGCUACUUCCGCUGUGACUGUCACGAGAGGCAUCAAGGUGCUGCUUACUAAUCUGCAGUUUGUGUUGGCCUAGGCUGUGUGGGGGUGGGGGGAGCUGCUGACUGCUUCGCUCUCCCCUUUUCUAGCACCACCCCAUCCGAACUCGAAGUCCCCUGAGCCCCCACUCAGAGUAAUGUUAUUUGCGGGCAUGUAUUAGAAAGGUAGCACCUCAGCCCUUCCCUGAACCCAUGGACGUGUUGUCUGGGGCCUUGUCAACUGCUGCUGCUCGGCUGGCUGCUGGAACCGCAGGGUGGCCAGUCUGUGCUCCGUCAUCCCCUGGUCGUCCUGGGUCUCACUGCAGAUUGCUUGGAGCAAGCCUCUUCUCAGACCUGAGGCACAGCCUUGUCUCUUUACCCGGUCAAUGUUAAAUAGAAGUGCCCCUGAACCCAGGGCACAAGAAAAGCUGCCCUAUCCUGCUUUUUUCUAUAUCCUGUGAAAUGGCUAUUUGAUAAUUUUUCCACAAAAAAAUUAGGUUUAGAGUUUUCCGUCAGGCUUUGGUGGGAGACUAAGCUGAAGAUGUACUUCACCAGCAAAAGUCAACUCUCGAAUUCAGGAUGUUCCUUCUGUUGUCUUCUCAGCUGUCAACAAAUGUAACUUUGGCUUUAUUUUUGGCGUACUCCAAGGGAUGAGCCAGAAAGUAGAAAGGGUUAUUUCUGGUUAAUAGCAGAAACGUUUUCAAACUCAAAUAUAUAAAGUCUCUGCUCUUUUAAAAGCUCUAUGCUAAAUCAGGAGCUAGGAACUGUUCAUAUAAAUAAACAGUUUUUGAAGGGA